GGGGAGGAGGAGCAGGAGAAGCAAGACGAGGUGGGAGAGGAGUCUGGUCUGGUCUGGUCUGGCGCGGGAUUGGACCUGGGAGUGGGAGUAAUAGCAGCGGCAGCGGCAGUACUAAGGUAUGGUAGCAGCGCGCUGGGCGUCGGGCAGGCGUGGGCGUGGGAGUGGGAGUGA